AUGCCACCAAAACAACCGCGCAAGCGCAAGUCUGUCGCAUCACAAACCCCAUCCCAGCGCCGGCGUCGUGGGGUUAAAACUAUCCCCUCGACACCCAUCUCGCAAUCCAUGUCCUCGUCUCAAGCCGCAAAGAAGCGACGAGUCGAUGGUCGCAAUAAGCGCAUCGCCGAAACACCUCAGGCAAAUAAGCGACGCGCUAUUGGUAGCAAAGCCCAGCAAAGCCCAGAGAGAAACACUCAGCUCGCUCAAGGCACCUCUCCGAGCACACCUUUUGAAGUUUCGUCAGCUGAAAGCUCCGAUUCUGAUUGUAAAAUCGACAAGGUACUGCCAUCGCCAAAGCGCAAACUUGUCGCUGCUAGCUCACGAGCUCGCCCAGCCAAGAGGGUUAAGAUGAAGCGCUCUAACGCCCCCUCAUCCGAUGAUGGGUCUGACUGCGUUAUUGAAAAGGUUCUUCCAUCACCCAAAGGUCGCCAAGCUCUACAGGGAAAGGCAACAAUCAAGCGGCGUAGAGUCGGCGACUCCCUUGAUACUCCUGUUUGUAUCGAGAGUGAUGUCAACAGCGAUGUUGAAGAUGUGAACUCACUACCCCAACCAACACAGACACAAACUCCAGACGAGCCGCGAGCGCAUUCGCCCGAUAUCAUGGACGCUUUGGAUGCAUGGCUUGACGGUCCUCAGUCUGGCGAAGCUGCAUCAGAAGCGGCUCAACAAGUCUCAAUUUCUGUCAUCGGAAGUAGCCCGCCAGCUAUGCCAUUCUCAACAGCCCCCGAACAACCCAUUCAAAGCUCCUCGUCUACGGAAACCUCAAGUCGAGGGAUUCAAACCCAAGAAGCUCAAAUCGAGGCGUCUAUAACCCCAGCACCUGACUUGGAAAACAAAACCCCACCAUCGACCUAUAAGCUCCAGCCGGUCUAUAGCGGCGAGAACCUUCAGGAAACACAUACUCCUGGUACACCUUCACAGUUUCACCCACAUCAUCGAGAGUCUCUUAUCGGCCUAAAGAGCAUUCUAAAAAGAUCUAGCGAAAAGCCGGUAUGCGAUAUUAUCGAGAUGUCUUCUUUCCUUGACAUCUCCCCGCUUUCUGGAGAUGAUCAUGCCAUAUCAUCGCCAACCGAGCGAAUUCAAGACAGCAAGCAUCAAGCCAAGAUAAUUCAGGAUGAAACUAUAUUCACACACCCACCACCAGCAAGGAAGCUGACAUUGGCGGAUUUCCGAUCGAAGAGUUGGACCCCAUCUCAGCCCAGGGACGCAUACCGACAUUUGACCUCAUCACCAAAGCCCUCGUCAUGGCUUCGACAAAAAAAAGAAUUGAAAUCAUUGUCGUCUAUCGCCGACGAUACGGUCGCAGAGGAGGCUGCAUCUGAUCAGGGGACUCCCUCAAAGCCACCUACCGAUCGAGUCAACCGUACUACCCAGAAGAUGCUCAAGGUAGAGCCGCAAAGCUCCGACGAGGACUAUUCGGACGAAUGCCCAAUUCAAAUUAAGGAGUUGUUGGAAUCAAGCAUCAUCAAACAGGAGACACCUUCGAAACUGCCUACACAGCCAGCUAUGCGCCAGACUCAGAAGUCGGUCGAAGUCGAAAAACAGUGUGUCACUGAUGCCAAAGUCACCAAGACCAGGCGCCAUAAGCUUGCGAAACAGUUAAGACAGAGCGCGGAACGACAGUUCACAAACCCCAAGCCUCUAUUUGGCAAAGCUCAGAAGCCGACGAGGAUUGACGAGCAAAAUGUUAGCGAUGGUGAAGAAUCUGAAGGCGAACGCCGGAAGAGACUUGAAGAAAAGCAGCUGGUACCGGUCUCAAAUCCAAACUGGACCAAGCCCCUCUUCCCAGGCAAAGAGGUUAUGCCUCAAGUCAUUCGAGAUAGUGUUUCGGAGCAUGCUAUUAAACCCACCGUGGCCUCUUUUAAGGAGAAAUCUACAGCUGGUCAAGGAUUCACCUUCAAGCACAAUGACUCAAACCAAAAGUACAACUGGGAUGUCGACUGGAAUAUCAACCAAUCUCUCAGCGAACGUGAGUCGAGCGCCGUAGCCUUGGAACUGAAGCAUAGAGGUAUUAAGACCGAGAGGCAAUACAACAAUUUUUGGUACAAUCUUACGAUGAAGUUUUCAUCAAUCGCAGGUUCUCCUGUCCCACUCUUUACUGCAAAGAAGAAGGCACUGGAGACUGUUGUGGAGGAGGCGAUGCGCAAUGGCGAACAGCGGAAGGCCCGCAGGAAGGCUGCAAAGAAAGAGAAGCUGCUUAAACGCGAGAAGAAGAAGCAUAUUAAGGCAAAGAAUCGUUCACGAAUUGUUGAAGAAGUUCUGACCGCCAACAACGCCGAUGAGAAGAAGCGUGAGAAGAAGACAAAGAAGCUUCCUCAAGGUGUGGACGCAUUCUUGAUUCCUGGCGAUACUGACGAGGAAGGCAAGUCAUCAUCCGAGGAUUAUGAUUCCGAUUACGAUGGAGAAGAUUUGAUGGCCAAGGUGCGAGCGGAUAUUGACAGGCAGCGAAGGAUAUCCGGAGGUGGAACAAGCUGUGGGUAUCGAAAGGGGGGUCUUUAA